AGGUGAAAUCACACGGAUCGAUAGGGAGGACGAGGAGGGGUACUUAAGUAAUUUGCAAAGUGGAGCGUAGAAGGAGCUGCGUUGGUGUUUCCUUCCUUUGUUUCUUUUGUAAAGGGCAAAGGGGAAAAAUCACAUUUUCCGCAACGGAGCCACCGGCGUGGCGUUGUUGUUAGCUCUCUCUCUCUCUCUCUCUCUCUCCAGCUUCUCCGAUCCUCUCUCUACACCCCUGUGUUACAGGAUGGCGACUAGUGCCGCUAAUUCUGCAUCUCCCUUCUCCAUUGAUUCCUCUUUGUCUCGAUCACGUCACGGCGAUCCCUCUCCCUGGAUGUUGCCUUGUCAUGAUGAUCCUGCUCCUUCCCUCUCCCAUGACGCUCCCUUCGCUCCCCCUUCUGCCGGAAUUUACUCUUCUGACGACUUGGACAAGAAGCCUGUCUGGAACAAGCCUUCUAAUACUCGCUCCGAAGUCGGACCUCUCAUGGGCGCCUCCGAAUCCUGGCCUGCCCUCUCUCUUUCUGCUAGGCCUUCUUCCAACAAGUCUCCCCCUUUGGAUUCUUCCAAACCUUUAUCCGAUGGAUCAUCCUCAUCAUCAUCAUCAUCAAUGCCGCCUCCCCAGGCUCGGCCAAGUGCUUUCACUUCUACUUCAAAUGGCAAUUCCAACUCCAGCACCAAUGUCGCUGCUACUUCUUCUGAAAACCAUACUGUUAAUACCCAGAGGAAACCUUUUAGACGGAAUACCAAUGCAUCUUCUUCCACUAGUAACAACAUCUCCAACCCACCCAGUGCUCCCCUUUUUAACACCAGGGAUCAGAAUCACAGCCACAGGGGUGGCUCUUACGGUUCUGGAAAUCUCCGUAAUUCUCAGAGGAAUCGCAACAACCCUCGCGGGGAAGGCUUUCACCAUGGAAACAGGCGCAGUUAUGAGCAUGGGAACCAAAGCGGGUUUUCUCACCGUAACCUUAGCGGAAGAGACAUGCACUUGCAACCGCAGAGGGGUAUUGGGAUGAUGAGACCGCAGAUGCUGAUGGGGCCACCAUCUUUUCCUGCCACUAGUGCCCAAUAUAUGGCAGCGCCUCAAAUAGGUUCAUAUGGUGGCCCCAUGCUCUACCCAGAUUAUGCGCAGCAUGUCUUUGUGCCACAUCCACCUCCUGAGCCGAUGGGUUUAGUUGGACCCUUCCCACCUCUACCCAUGUAUUUUCCUAGUUUUGAUGCCAUGUUGUACAAUAAGAUAUUGACACAAGUAGAAUAUUAUUUCAGUGCUGAUAACCUGAGCAGAGAUGAACACUUGCGGGAUCAAAUGAAUAAUGAAGGUUGGGUUAAUGUUAGAGUAAUAGCAGGGUUCAGGAGACUUGCGGAGCUGACCAACAACAUCCAAACUAUAUUGGAGGCGCUGGGAGGUUCGGAAGUCGUGGAAAUUAAGGGUGAAACGUUAAGGAGGCGAGGAGAUUGGGACAAGUAUUUAUUGCCUCGUGAGCCUUCAAAGUCCGGUACAGCAGCAGCGGCGGCGAGCAACAAUGCCUCACUGGUGUCUCAACUUGAGAGCAUGACACUGUCAGAAGGGAGCAGAGAGAGGGAGUAAAGAGGUGCGACUAAGAAUAGAGAGAGGAAGAAAGAUGUGUUUACUUUCCCUUCGCAAGCCUCAAACCUUUCUCUCUCUCUUUCUCCCUCUUUCCUUUUUCUUUUUUUUUUGGAGAAUCAGAUAGGGGACUAAAGAAAACAAUAAUUUUCUCUUUAAAUUUGGAUAGGAAAUAAACAGUUGAGACAUCAAAUUUUAAAUUACAUGAGGUUGGCUGCUAA